AUGUACCCUCACGUCAAAUGUGAGCUGGGCGCUUACCACCACAUGCCAACCGAUGUCAUAUUUGGGGGACAAACUUUAAUGGAUGAGGCUACUAGCACUUCAUCUGGGGCUAAAACUUCGGAAAGAGGGGCUGAUGAGGAGGAGACAUUCCUGCAACAAACCAACGCAAGACCUGUUGGAAAAUUGUAG